GUUGGCCACAUCAACACAGGCAAGAUAACCUCCGUCGACUAGAGAUCAUAGUCUCAGCCUUACACCUUUAUGAAGACGUAAUCUAAGUAUUUAUUUGUGAUUGGGUCUUUGUACAAAAAUGCCAUCUACUUUAAGUAAAACCAUCCUAAUAACUGGGAGGACCGGCAAUGGCAAAAGUUCAACCGGAAACUCCAUCCUUGGCGGUUUCAUUUUCAACACUUCCGGUGGACCAUCAAAAGGGGAUGUAAAAAUUCUUCAACACACGGAAACAGUUUUGGGAUAUAAUCUGACAGUUAUAGACGGCACUGGGAUUGGGGAUACAGGAGAAGAUAUGGAGUGUGAAGCUAAGAUACUGCUCGAUUCGGUAAACGCUGCCUUGAAAAGAGGAUUUCACAUACUUGUGUUUGUUUUAAAGUACGGGGUAAGGUUCACCAAGCAGGAAGUGGACGCCGUACAGAGGGUCAAGGACAUGUUUGGGGAGGAUGUGUUUAAAAAUCGAGGUGUGGUUGUGAUGACCUAUGGCGACAACUACGAGCUAGAUAAUGAAGACGAUGAUAUAUUGUUUAAGGACUGGUGUGAGCAUCAGACAGGGGAGGUAAAAAAGUUGUUUCAAGAAUGCAACUACAGGUGUGUGUUGUUUAAUAAUAAGUCCAAAAAUAAGAAGAGAAUGCAAGAAGAGUUUAUUAACAUUGUGGGUGAAAUGGAUUGUCCGGUUUUUACCGUAGAAGAUUUUAAUGCCUGUAGUAAUGGACAUACUAGAAUACUGCUAAAAGAGAACUUGAAACAUUAUACACAUAAUACACAAAAUGUAGACACAUUUCUACUACAAUUUCACGCAAAAGUUGAUGCUGUUAAUGAGAUAUCUAAGCUAAAAGAAGCUUUAGAAGAACUUACCUCAAAACGUAACGAAAUUAUUCGUGAAGAUAAAGGCACAAAUAUUUUGAGUUCUCUGAUUCAUACAUUAUCAUUUGAACUUAGACAGCUAGAGGAAAAAAUACGUUGCCUUCAGCAGCAAGGAGGUAGAAAAGGGUUUAACAACAAAUUGUGGAUUACUGUUGCCGUAUUGUUAGCUGUUAUCACUGUUAUAUUGCCUUUUUGUGGUGUGGAUUUGGUGACAGAAACAUUUUCACUGUUCUCUCGUAUCCUUCUAAAUAAUACCAUAAUGAAUAGCACAAUGUUUAACACAACAAAUAACACAAUAUAUGACACAACAAACAGCACAAUGAAUACCACAAGUAGUAACACAGUCAAUGCUACUGUUGAAAAUACAAUGAACAGCUCAAACGUGACUGAACCAUCUGUAUAGUAUUGUAUUUCAAGUUUUAAAACUAGUUGUAGACAUUAAACAGCUAAUUUUGCUUAUGUGCAUUAAAUACUGGUAAAUAAUUUUACAGUUUUUGUUAACUGCUUAAUUAUGUUAAUAUUAAAUUUUAAAAAAAUCAUAUAUUUGUUUAAACUUAUAUUCCUGCAUAUCAUAUCUUAUUAAGUAGAGUUAGGCAUAAAGUGAUGUUGAAGUUUAUAUUAUUUGAGCAUUAUGUACAAUAUAGCUUGAAUGAAUUUCUGUAAUCAAUCAUGUUUACGUAUUCGCCUUGUGUAAUAAUACAUUGUAUUUGUGUGUUUUUUUCAACACAAGUCUCUUUGCAUUUGAAAUGUGUAAUUCUUUAUUGUAGAGAGACUUAUUUUUUUUUAAUUAACAUGUGUAAAAAACACAACUUAAGUUGCAUGUUUCCAGUCUUUUAAUUAUCGGUUUAAUUUGUUUUUUUUAAAACAAAAUGUGAUUAGUUAGAUUGAUUUUAGUGAACAAUUAUACAUGUAAUAUUUUAAAUAAGAAGUUGAAUAAAAUAUAUUUUAAUAAAAACCA